AUGACCAGUAAGAGAAAGAACAAUGGUAGAGCUCUAGUUAAUAGAGGUAAGACUAGAGCAGUCAGAUGUGAUAACUGUGGUAAGAGUGUACCAAAGGACAAGUCCAUCAAGAAGUUCUUGGUUAGAAGCAUGGUUGAAUCUGCUGCUGUCAAGGAUAUUACUGACGCAUCAGCUUAUGAGGAAUAUGCUUUGCCAAAGAUGUACCUCAAGCUCCACUACUGCAUUUCCUGCGCCAUUCACGGUCGUAUUGUUCGUGUUCGUUCCAAGGAAGGAAGAAAAGUCAGAGCUCCUCCAAGCAAGCCAAAGAGAAAGACUGAAUAA